GGGAGCUGGGGGUGGGGCUCCCCACGGCGCCGGCCGGGCGGCCGCUGCAGCUUGCUGGGGCGCCCCGGUCCCCGCCCGCUUCGCUCGCCGCCCGGGCUCUUCUCAGAGUCCUUUCGCCUCCGACGCGUCGAGCUGACUGCGGGACCGAGAGAGCAGCUCUCAGCUCCUGGCCGCGGGCGUCGUCGGCUCUACGCCCGGAGCCCGCGCUGGGGUCUGAGACGGGUAUCCGCCCCGGCAGGGAUCCCCGCAGGUAGGGACCGCCCCGCCCACCCCCUACGCCCUGGCGGGAACCCGAGCCUCGCGGCGGCGUCCGGUCCCCUUCGGCUCCGGCUCCCGGAGCCUUCGCCUGUUGCUCUGCUCCCAUCCCGUCCUGCGCUGCGGGAGGGGCCGCCUGCUCGCAGGUGCUGAAUUUCUCUGCAAGGUCAUCCCUCCUGGAGCCCUGCUUUGGAAGGCUAGUCCUUCAGAGGAAUCAUCCCUGACAGCAUCCUUACCUGAGCUCUGACCACAUCCCAGUAGAAACACUUCUCAAGGGAGAGUGCUGGUGAGUCCUUAGAGAGGAAUUCCAUGGGGACUGUACCUGACCCUCUGAGAUCCACAAAAUCUUCCCUGACUGCAACUGUGGGAAAAGAAGAGCCUUACAAACUGCAGACUCCCUCAACACAACACCAAGCAGCCCCCGUGGAUAAGGGUACCAAUGGCCUUGCGGGCUCGCCUGCAGAACCCAGCCUCUGUCCCACAGCAGCUGCCAAGGCUGUGAUGCAGGCUUGCGAGCAUGAGACCUCCCAGCCGGACAUGUCCUCUCCUGGUGUCUUUAAUGAGGUGGAGAAAACGUCUCCCACAUGCAACUCUCCCAGUGAUUCCCAGCUGUCAGGCAGUGCUGAGUCCGUAGCACCAGACCUGAGUCCUGCAGGUGAAAAGUAUCUCAUCCAGACAUCAUUGACAAUGCCAGCCCACCAGCACACUCACCCCACCACCCCAGGUGAUCAACCCAGUGCCAGUACCUCAGGGGCACCUGAAGAUUCCUUGGUGACAUCGCAGACAACCUCAAAUGGAGAGCAACCUGAGAGGUCAAGCUGUCCUGCACUGGGCAUCUGUGGCAGCAACAAAGGAGGGCUCUGUCAUUUUCCUCCUGAAGAAACCAUCCAGGGAAUGGCACAGACUCCAUGUACUGCAGCCAUGGUGUCUAGUCCUUCGUCCUGUACUGCAGGGGGACAAGAAGAAAGGCAGCAAGCAUUCUGUGACACCACAGCUAGGUCCUAUGCACCUCCAGCAGGAGACGAUGGAUGUCCAGAAAGCAAGCAGCCCCCUACCACUGCCUCCUCAGACAGCCACAGUGUAACACUGGAGACAUCUCAUCUACCCCACCUCACUAGCAGAGGUUCGAUGUGUCCACCAAAUCCAGAGAAGGAGCCGUUGGUGGCACAUGUGUUGUCAAAAUUCAAAGAAGCCAGCACGAUGACCAGCCAAGUGGAAAGUGAGAUCAAGACAGUCCCCAGCAGGGCCCAGCAAGAUGCUGAGGUACAGGCAGUAGCGAGCGUUGAGAGCAGAUCUGUCUCCACCAGCCCCAGCAUCUUCACUGCAUUCUUAAAGGAAAUCCCUGCCCCUAAGCUUUUGGAGCAACAAGAGCAACUGCGUGUCAUUUGCCAGGGCAGUGGCAGUGGGAGCCAUGUGUUCAAGCUCUCUAACAGCAUGCCAGCCUCCCAGGAGUCGGGUCAGUGCCCUGGCACCAUGCCACAGGUGUAUAUCCAGGCAGCUUCAGCUGUUUCUGCAGCUGUCCAAGGGAAACAUAAACCUGUGGGUCUACCAGAGGAAGUCCUUAAAACUGCAUCGAUUAACACAGCCUGUAGUUAUGCCCAGGAUGUGUGUACAGAGGAAGGGAAGUCAGCAGGACUGACCCUAGCAAAGGAAGAAUCCACCUCUAGACAGCUUUCAAGUCCUAAUUCUAGCUCGUUGAAGUCUAGUCCCACUGACCAGAUUUCUAGCUUUGCAGACCAUGAAGCUGAAAACAGUCAUGGUUUGGAAAAAUCUGAAACCAAGCUCUCUGAGUUUGUAGUGAAAACAACAAAUGACUACAAAAUGGGCUCAAAUUGCAAACAGUUUGAUUCCUGCACCAGCAAAGAUGACCAGCCCGGGAGUUUGGAGCCCGCUAAUAAGGAAGGCGCAAAGGAGAAGAAGCCUGAGUCUCCUCGGAUAGUAAAAGAACAAGAGUCUGUUGGCACCGGUGCUCUGGAUGCCAAGACACUACUGCUCAAUCCCAAACUCCAAGAAAACGGAGGCACAGGAUCCACGCCCUCCCCACUGAAGAAGAGCCAGGAGGGCAUUUCAGAAGACAACCGACAGACCAAGACAGCCACGAGCCUGAGCUUGCCAUCUGAUUCCAUGGGGGAUUCCAGCCCAGGUUCUGGCAAGAGAACCCCUAAUCGCUCAGUCAAAGCCAGCCCACGCCGGGCCAGCCGCGUCAGCGAGUUCCUCAAGGAGCAAAAGCUAAAUGUGACAGCAGCUGCCGCUCAGGUGGGGCUCACACCAGGAGAGAAGAAAAAGCAUCUAGGCUCAGACUCCAAGCUGAAGCAGUCCAAGCGUGUCAGGGACGUCGUGUGGGAUGAGCAGGGCAUGACCUGGGAAGUGUAUGGUGCCUCCCUGGACCCAGAGUCCCUGGGAGUCGCCAUCCAGAACCAUUUACAAAGACAAAUUAGGGAACAGGAGAAAUUAAUCAAAACACAAAGCGGUCAGCCCCGGAGAUCCAUUUCCUCAGAUUCUUCUUCAAAUAAGAAGCUCAAAGGCAGGCAGCAGAGCGUUUUCCAGUCAAUGCUGCAAAACUUGCGGCGCCCUAGCUGCUGUGUCCGUCCUGCCCCUUCCUCCGUGCUAGACUGAAAGGAGCCCAGGGAUGCAGCUGUGGUAUUCGGGAGCAUCCAUCCGUGCUAACGCUUGCUUAGCUUUCUUCUGAAAGACCAGGGAGAGAAAGCAAGUGUUAACUAUAUUGACUUGCUUUAAAAACUGUUGUGUCCUUUGACUGAAGGCCCAUAAAUAAAAAUUCCAUUUCAAUUUGAAAGAGCAAGCUUCACUGAAGGGUUGCAACCUUAAUCAAGUGAAAAUAAUAUUCAGUGGGUUAUAAAAAAUACGAUGUUGCUUAUAGAAAUAACAUUACCAUUGUACAUGUGUUAUUUUGUAUUACUGCCUCAAUUUAUCACAUGAUGGUAUUUCCAUUAAAAAAUCCUUGCUUUAUGUUAAAAAGAAAAAAAACACUACUAGCAAAAAACUUACACUUUGCAGUCCUAUUCCAGUAAGAACAUUGUUACCACAAAAAAAAUUAAAUAGGUGAUAAGAACCAUAGUGUGAUAAAAUUUAAACCAAUUUGAUUUAUUCCUAGGCCAGAUAUCGUUAAAUAAAAGCAUCGAAAUGUAUAAAAUAUCAAAUAUGAAUUAGCAUUUGUAAAUCUCCACAGACAACCCUUUUACAAACCUUGUUAUACAUACAGGAAAGUAAUAUUAGGAAAAUUAAGCCUUUGAAUAUGAAUACUAUCUACAUAAAACAUGGAUUUAUCUGUACACAUUUUCCUGUGCAGAAGGCAAAGUGCAUCUCUGUGAUUCUGAACAAAUUAAAUUCCUAUUUUCUUACCCCAGAGAAAAUACGUGGAACUGGAUUCUUGAAAAGAAUCAUCAAAUUAGGGCUAAUGUAAAAUUUUAUAUUAUCCUAAAAUAUGCCACCGGGAACAUUACCAUUCUGAUAAGGAAUAGUAAGUAGCAGAUUACCAACCAGUUUUUCUGUGUCAGUCAGAGGCAGGCCUCAUGAGUAAUAGAAAUAAUAUAUUUAAUCUAAGUUCCUGUAAACAGCAUGAAUUUCUGUUUCUCUUUUGAUUUGGUCUUGUAGCUUCUAAUAACAAAUGUAAUCAACACCAAAUGGAACACAGGCUUCCUUAGAUGAGACAAAUACCACUUAGUUUCAUAUGUCUAAGAUCUGAAGUAAAAAGAUAAUUUCUAAAAAUGUAUUGAAGUUAAGAGAGAUACAAUCCUAUGUCAGCCUUCCUCAGCAGAAAGGUCUUUGAGAAACCAUACUUUGUGCUUUGGAGUCCCCUGAGAACACGAGUGCCUGCUGGAGCAUAGCCCUCUCUUAUUUCUAAAGGAGGGUGUCCCAAGGACCCAGGAGUAUCUACCAAGGCCUUGGGGACCAGUGCAAGGUGGAGUAUUGGAGAACAGAGGCAGGACUCAAAGCACCGGAAAGGCUUUCCUCCCUGGAGUCAUUGUAGUAGCAGCCCGGAUCUCCACCUUGCAUGUAAAAGAUGGUUAAAUGUUGUGAACAUGCUAGGUAUCCUCUCUGAAUUCCUCGUCCCAGUGAGCCAGCAGAGAAUAUCUGGCCAGGUCUUAUUUUUCCUAAGAGAUUCAAGUACCAUUGGUACCACCAGUUCACAAUACCUAUUCUGGCUUUUUUUUUUCCAAUUCAAAGAGGGAAAAAAAAUUGGACCUGAACUUUAGCACCGCAGGCCACACUGGGCCCAACCCAAAUUAAUAAAACAGCUUUGAUUUCUUGCAAAGCAAUUUAACUGUAUAUGCAGCCUGCAUAAGUAGACACAAUGACAGCAUUGACAGCAUUCUCACAGCCUGAGAAUGGUAAUUACAGUUGUUAUAUGUAGAACUUAUAAUGAAGUGUAUAAUAAGGCACAUUUUUCAGUUUCUUACUAAUUGGCCUCUAUUAAGAAUGCUAUCUAAAGUAGAAAUUACCAUCAAAUUACUAUUAAUGAUUAGAAAUUUAGUUUAAAACUCUCUUAUGGCCUUAAGUACCCAUUUAUCAGAGAUGCCUUUUAUGAGGAUAUAAUCUGUCUUCUCUCACUCUCGGGCUGUCUCUGGCCCGGCUAGCACACGUGCUGUGUACACACACGGUCCACCCUGUGUAUACAGGGGCAGCUGUCAACAGGGCCCGCUCCAACUGGGUGGGCCCCAGGUAAUCCUCAGCUGUGAAGUAGCUAGAACAGGAUGUUCCUGCAUGAAAACAGAGAAGAAAGGAGUCAGCAUCCGGCAAUAAUAUUUAUUUUCAUGAGUUUAGAGUAACCACCUGAUUUAUAAAUAGUUAAUUGAAGCAGAGGCCUAAAGACAGUUGUAGGCAUCAAGGCCACAUUAAGUAAACCAAAACUGCUCAUUUGAUAUCAUAGUUGUGUCUCUCAAAUGAAAUUGUCAAGAAAAUAAUGUUCAAAUUAGUACGUUUGGUUUUCUUUGGUGCUAGAACUAAAUUCUUGACUUCUGUAACACUCUAGAAAUUGUCAAAAAAUAGAACAAAACCUUUUUGUUUUUUUGCUUAUUGAAUCUUAUAGAACUAAUAGCUUUUAGAAACAGAUCAUCAAACAGAUAAGAUAGGAACCUAUUUAAGAUAGUGUUUUGACAAUAAAUGCUUGUUUGAAAUUUUCCUUUCACUUCAGUCUGCAACACAGCAUCAGAAGUUUCACACAUCAUAUGAGAUGCCUUUGGUUCAUGUAACAGAGGCCCUUAGGCAGUCCUUUCCCUGGCAUUGCCAGUGAGCUUUCUCCUUUAGUCCAUGCUUUACCUGAACGACACAUAUUGACUUGAAAGUAAUUUGGUUUUCCAGAAUAGCUUUUGCAUAUGAUUUGGUCCUUGUCCAUGUGUCUUUGUUUUUUAAAUAUAUAUAAGAAAUAUUUCAUUAAAUCAAGAUAUAGAAAAUAGUUCUUUACCCAGUAAUAAAAGAGUGAGUUAGAUGUCAGUACUUGGGAAGAUCACUCAACAUUUAUAAUUUGAUGAUGCUGUACCAUUUACAGAAAUUUUAAAAGAUACAUGAUUCUAUUUUAUGACCACAAGAAAAUAAUAUCAUCACUUCAUCUAUGUCUAUCUUGAAUGUUUUUCUAAUUAUGUGCUCUCAGAUUAUUGGCUCUUGGGUCCAUAGGCCAACUACUUUACAUACAGUAAAAUCCUGAUUUCUCCUUUUGUUUUGGGCCUGUGGCUUAAGUUGAAGAUUCUAGUAACUCAAGGUUAACCAUAAAUCUCUAUAUUUGUGUCCAAAGUGAAACAUUUAUAAAGUAUAUUAAUAUGUUUUCCUACCUUGACAAGUUCAAUAGUAUUGAAUGUGAUUUCGUCAUGGAUAAUGUUUAAUCUUCAGAAUCAUCUGAUACUAUUAUUUUGGAUAAUAGGUUAAACAUGAAAAGUCAAAAAAUUGGACUGAGUUUACAUGUGCAACAUAUAACCUAGAGGUUUAAUUUUGAAACCGAAUUCUUAACAGGAACUUCAUGUCUUAAAUUAGAAAGAAGAGAAAAAUGUCAUUUGGUUGUAUCCAAGAUUAUUGAGGUUUUACCAUCCCCAGUUUAUUCUAAAAUUAUUCCUUUCAUUUUGGGAAGUCCCCAUCAUUCUGAGGAUAGCUGUAUAUAUCACACAAAGAUUAAAAAACAUUGUGACUAAAAUUUGUUUACAGAGGAUAUCUGCAAGUACACUAUUAACAUAAGUUGUCUGGUCUUUGCUGUAGUCAUUCUUAACUGUUUUGUUGCCAAAAUGUGAGAAACUAUUGUCAUCUUUUCCUCCUCCAUAUUUUGCAAGUGUUAAAAAAGAAAACUGUCUACUUCUGCUACCACAUAACUCACCAUAUCCCUUGCCAACUUUUUUCGUAAUUAGUAUAAGGAGAAACAAUAUAUUAAGAUAAGGUUUGUAUAUAUGUGUGUGUGUUUAUUGCAAAACUGGGCCCUUUGCAGCCUUGUAUAGACCUCUACCUGCCUGAUUCACUCAUUAUCUACAACGCUGCCAUGGACAUGAGGCUGUUUACUCUUUUCUGCUUUGUCCUACGUGGUGUUUGAGAAAUGAAGCCUGUGAAUUUCCCUGUGUGAUAAGAGCACGGUGAACUCCGAGCCAACCCCUCAUCCCCACCCUCAGCUUGUGUGCACAGUGAAUCAGAAGUCUUGUCUGUGUCCGCUUCAGUGUUUGCCAUUUCACGUCUAUAUCUGAGCAUUUGUUUUCUGUCGUGAACAGUGUUCCUUGUCAUCUGUAGCCCUUUUGGUGGACUCUCCAAAUGCAGGUCAGCUGCUGCUGCCCUGCAAAUAACAGGCGAUUUGCUGAAUCUCUCAUCCAUCCUUGUAACUCUAUCCUUCUUAAUGAAAUUCUGCAACUGGCUGAGUAAUUACAAAUGUCAUCUGUGCAGACACAGGUGGUUAAGAAUGACUGUACAAUUUUGAACUGUCUUUUUUGCAAAAGGAGAAAUACAGUCUUAUAAAUGCUAAAACAGAUUUCCAUGAACUUUAUUCUACUCUCAGACAAAAAAAUUCUGAGAGAAUUAUUGGCUACAGAGAUCAAAUAGAUUUGUCUUACAAUGACCAACGAUGCAAAUGAAGAUAAAUUGAGGUGGAAAAAUGCUGUUUCAUAAGUAAUCAGUGGCAUCUGCCAGAGGUCACUACUGCUACUUUUAACUGUGAACACUCACCAGCUAAACUACACACUUGCCACAACCAAAUAACCUCUCUCAAAGUAACUCCUCUACAUCUGUUUAUGUGCAUAGAUGCAGACAGACGCGAUCCUGAAACAUUACUUUUGGCUGUUAGGAAACUCAAGGUGAUGAUCAUUAUAAAAGGACUCUGACAUAACCAUGGGACUUGGUGAAAUGACCGUGGGGGCCAGAAUGGUGCAACAAGAUGUUAUUUACAAGUUUUUUUUUAAGACCUAGCUAUCUCAGAUAUUAAUCAUGAGAAUAAAGACUGUUGAAUAUGAAAUUAAAGCCAAGCAAUAAUGUGCCAAAAAUGAGGCCACUAUACCAGCAAGUGCAUCUGUUAUGGGCACACAAUUAUGUAAUUGUGGUUUGCUCGGUGAAGACUGACUAUAACCCAGAGGAUAAAAUAAAUGAAAGCAUAAUUUCUGUUUUGUUGGGAAAAAAAACACAUUUGUUUAGCAGCUUUAUAAGGAGAAGCAAAAUCCUGGUGAGCAGGACCAGAGACACAGGUACCAUCUCUGCUUUUAUGCUAGCCAGGAAAGAGGAGGAGCCACUAAAAGUUUUGCUGGCUUAAAACUCAAGAAAGGUCCAACAGCAUUUUUGGUGAUUUAAGUGGUUAAACUUUCAGUAAUUACUCUUCCUGGACACAGGCAUGUUAGAAGGCAACUUAGUUAAUCUACCCAGAGGAUUCCCAACCUUAGCUAUGAAAAACUUGGGCUCCCACCUGUAAAAUUUUGGAAACCCAAGAACUUGUAUCAAAAGAGGCUUCAACUAAUGCCUUACAGGAAAAGAUGUUCCAGGUGGUCAUUUCUAAAUACAAGUUCAAUAAGUGUCUUCCUGGGUUCAAACCCAGAAUUAAUUGGCUGCAAAAUAGUAGCAAAUUAGAAUCCCAUAUUUUACACUUCAGGAAGAGAUACUCAUUAUCAACCAGUAUGGUAAUAAUUAUGAGAUGCAAUAGUAAUUUGAGAGUGUUUGGGAGAAUUUGAUGGAAAAAAAAUACAUUUUUUCCUGAUAUCUUAAAUGUAGAGAUGUCAACAGUUUAUCUCUGGGGAUAAAGUACAACUUUUUUUAACAUCGCAGCUAGUAUUAUUACUCUUUGUUACUUUAAAAAUUAAAUAGUCUUUUUUAGAAAAAAUGUAAGCACUUAAGCAAUUUCUGAUUGAAAUCAUUGCUUUUAAUAAUAUGUAAAAGCUGUGUGUAAAGAAAACUAUACUGAAUGAGUAGAAAGUGCAUCCUUACUUGUUUUAGUUUAGACUCCUUAGCAUUUUAGACCACAUAUUUGAGUAAAUAUUCUUCUACCUGUCUUAGAAUGAAGCAGGUAAAUUAAAAGAUGACAGUAUUAUAGAACUGCUCCUGAACCCCUGGAGGAGAGGAGAGACCAAUUCUUAUUUUAAGGACAUCUAGAGAUUCCUUUGGGAGGUUGAAAAAGGUCUAGAUGACCUGAAACUCAAAAAAAAAAAAAAAAAAUACUAGCAGUUACUAAAUUUCUAUUUAUCUCUGCUGUACUAAUGUGUGAGCAAUGUGUUGUGCAUAAUACUGUGGUUGGUCGUGGUCAGUACAUUCUGUAAGUAUGUAUAGUCUGUGAGUAAUCGAUUUGCUAUUUUUGUGUGUAGAAAAAAAUAAAGUGCUGUAUCCCAUUUAAAGGCCAAUUCCCAUCAUCCAGUAGGCACAUGUACAAAAGUGAAUAAAGCCAACAAAAGUG